GAUCCAAUCGAAGCCAGCCGUCAGCGUUGGUUCUCAUGCUGCAGCACACAGAGUUCUCUCGGUCGUUCGCGUGCAGCAGUACUUACUCGAAGCCGCUCUCCUUCUCUCCUUCUCGCGCGAGCCAGCAUCAGCUCCCUGCAAAGAGAGAAAAGAGCACGUACUCUCGGGUACACUUACAUAGCCGCCGUAGGCAAUGAAACAGGCACGAAAGAGAAAGAGCAGACCUCGUGAACGGCGCUUGAACCGCGAGAGAGGCUGCCGCUGCUGCAGGCUCGUUGUGUAAAAGUAUGCAUUCCGGAAAGAGAGGAGAGGAAUGGAAUCCCAGCAGAGGAGUGGGAGAGACGAUGCUCUGGCCGCCGGGUGUGUAACCAUGGACUCUUAUCCUGGCCACGAGGCUGCUGCUGCUGCUCGAUCGUGUAUUGAACCGCAUAUCUGGGGAAUGAAAAAUAAAUUGUCAGUUAUUGGCUUGUAUUGAGGAGGGAUUGUUGUCGAUUAACGCGAGGGUUUGCAGCGAGCGAUCGACGUUGAUGAUAUUUCGGGUUUUUCCCUUAUUAUUCUGAGUCUGAUAUCGUCGAUGGGUUGUAAUGUACUUUUCUUUCAUUAGUAUCAAUCAUUCCCGAACGUUUGAUGAAAUGGCUAUCAAUGUCGAUUUAAUUUAUCAUGGUUAUUUAGGUUUAUCAAUUCCGAUACAAAGUUGCAUUCAAAAUUUCUCUGGGGUUCAGCAACAAUUGCAAUAUCUAUACGAAAUGAAGUUAGCGGAUUAUUCCUGACUGAAAAGACACUCAAUUUUCAUCAUGUGACAUAUCCCAUGACAAUCAUGUGUCAAGUUACGUGAAAACUCCGAAUCGCGUCUGCCAUAAGACUACUACUACCCCUUUCAACCGGUCCACGAGCAAUCUUACCCAGUUCCAAUCCACACUACUUACUUAUCUCGGCUCCUUAAACAACAGAAUAUUCUUCCAUUACCUCACACUCUGUAUAGCCACACAUAUAAGGCAUAGAUUUCGUCGACCUUUCUCAAUGGUGGUGGAAGCCGCCAGCACAGCAGCGUCCGAACUCCGACAAGGACGGCUCUCUCUCCCUCUCUUUCUCUUUCCAUUACACAUCGUCGUCGGCAAAGCGUUUCCCACGAAAGGCAUACAGGCGCCGCUCUGGCAACUCAGCGCACUGCCGCCAGGCCAGACGUGGCAACUCUGUACGUAGCACGGCCUGCUUUUCUCUCUCUCUUUCUCUCUCUCUCUCUCUCCUCGAAUUCCCUCGCGCGGCGGAGCGGCUCGGCGUUCGUUGUAUCGGCCGCGCGCUCGCAGUUUCGACGCUCACCGCGACGAAGUCGAGUCGUUUACGGCUGUUAGAGAGAGAGAGAGCAGGGCAUGCUGUGAGGAGGAGGAAAUUCGGGGAUAGUGUAACACGGGCCUGUAGUGCGAUGAAAAAGUGCGAUCAACACGCGUGACCUUACUGAUUGCGGGUGUGAACGCGUGUUCUCUUUUUGUUUUUUCAUUCUUCGAUUCGCAUAUAUCUCUCUUUGUUUGGCUCUUAUCACGACUCUACUCUACGCCACACUGUAAACCCGCUAUCGUCGCAAGUUCCUAUUAGCGAGACUAUUGAGUUUUUCCGUAGCCACACACGGCGGCAAAACUCGACGAGAAAGGAAAAAAAGAAGAAGGGACGCCGGAAUUUCACACGCUUUUUUUCACACCACCCCCAACACGCUAGUUCUACACCCGACAAUGAUGAAGACCAUGUUCAGAACAAACCCAAUUGGUGACCUGCACAGGUCAGAGAAUAAGAUGGCUGGAUUGCUGGAUCGCAGGGACAACUCGUUUAUGUCCCCACUGAAAUUUAUGCCAAAUCCAACUCCUAGAGCACCUACGCCACCCCAGCCUGAAUCCAACGAGGUUGAUGAUGCUGGAAGCAUGGACUAUAGGUUUGAAGAAGUGAGACUGCAGAGCUUUGAGAACUGGCCGUCAGAACACGUGCGGCCAGCGGACCUGGCAGCUGCAGGCUUCUACUUCACCAAGCAGAUAGACCGAGUGCGUUGUUUCGAAUGCUCCACGGAGGUCUGCCGCUGGGAACAGGGAGACGAUCCUAUGGUCGAGCACCAACGCUGGGGCGGUCGAUGCCGUUUUAUCAGGAAAUUGCCUUGCGGUAACGUGCCCAUCGGUGCCGAUCCAAGCAUGAUCCCUGCUCCCCGUCCACGAAGCCGUGACGUUUGCGGACCGUACAAGCUGGAUUAUAGACUAGGAGCCGAGGCCGACACCCAUGCCUCGUGUAGUGGAACCAGGCAGGGCAGGCAAGCAAUGAGCGAGGAACCGCCGAAGCAGCCUUCAGCUGCCAGGUUGGGCAGUAUGGGCAUUGGCAUUCCGAGACGACCUGACUUUCCGGAUUACGCUAGCUACGAAGCAAGACUGCUGACCUUUAACGACUGGCCGUCGACGCGCGUUUCCCAGACGAAAGAACAACUGGCGGAUGCUGGAUUUUUUUACACCGGGACUGGUGACCAGACUACCUGCUAUCACUGCGGAGGCGGACUGAAAAACUGGGAGCCCAAGGACGAUCCGUGGGUACAGCACGCCAAGUGGUUCUCCACCUGUUUCUACGUUCGAUUGGUCAAGGGUCAGGAAUUCAUCAAUAAUGUAAACGGAAAGCACGCGACACCGCUAUCGGAAGAGGAUAAAAUGGCACUCCCAAGUUGUAUUAAGCAAGUAGAACAACAACCAAUUAAAAAAUUAGAACAAGAAGAUGUACCGCAACAACAGAAUCAGCAAACCGAAGUAAACGAGAGCAGACCUGGACCUAGCAGCGUUGAGUGCCCGGUUCCGGCGCCACGAAUGAAUGCAGAAUCGCAAGCGCAGACAUCAGCCGCAUCAGUUCCAAUGGUAAAUGGCAAUGCUAGCAGUAGUAGUGUAAGCGAAGACAAACCUCAACAGACAAGCGAGAAAAAGUCUAUCGAUGAUGCGCGAGUUUGCAAGAUCUGCUACAACGAAGAGCUCGGGGUGGUGUUCCUGCCAUGCGGUCACAUGGUCGCCUGCGUGAAGUGUGCCCCGGGUAUGACGACGUGCGCUGUUUGCCGGGAACCCGUCGCUAUGACCGUGCGCGCCUUCUUCUCCUAGUGUGUCAGCAGGAUGGUAUCGGAAAAAACGUGCAUUCCUCUUGAUGAGGAGGAAUAUUGUGUUAACAACGGGUCACUGUGCCCAAAGACUUUAAAAUCAAUAAAAUGUUACAGGCAGCGGUGAAACGACUGUCGUUCGCCGAGGAUGAUUGACAUGACUCAUGCGCCUCAUAAGGCUCAUAUCAUUCAAACUAUAAACACAAAAGUGACGGACGUACCGCCAAAUUUUUUAUCUUUUUUUCUCUGUACUAUGUUUGUCGUUUUGCGUUAUGUAUUUUUUGUUCCAACGACAGUUGCGUGGAUGCGUCGCGUAUGAAAAUGAGUCGAGAAGUCUGAUGGAGCUUUGAAAGGCUUUCAUCGUCGGAUGGAGAUUUCGUUGAAACGUAUAUUAAAUCGAAUGUACAUACAACGAUUGAACAUGCAUUUAUGUAUUAAGGGGACUGAGGAUAUACGCUUGAUGUACAACUUUACGUACAUAUAUCUAAUUUUGAUCUCGGCGACUUUUCAUUCGAAACGCACAUUGCAUACAGGUUCACUUGGUCAUUUUUUGACGAAAGAAAGCAGUGAAUACUUUUCUUCGUUCAGUCUCGAUUAGCACUAAUUGUUUCCAAUACAGGUUUUUUGUUUCUGUAUAAAAAAGACAAUCGAGAUCAAAUACUGAAUUUUCCUGUCGUUUUUUAAUCGAUUUUGUGGAGUCAAACGAAGAAAUUUGUACUUUGCGUUUGUGUUUAUAGUUUACGAUAAUUGUUAAAAUGGAUGAGUGCGAACGACGCAUGCAGUCUAGUCAUUUCAGUAUUAAUUUAUAAAUUGUGAUUUAUAAAUUGACAUGCAAAUUCUUGAUAAAAAUAAUCAAUUUUUAAAAAAGUAAAUAAUACCAAAAUUUGUUUUUAUACCGCAUUUGAAUUUUAUAAACCUACGAAAGUUAGAAGGUCAUUCAUGGCAUCUUGAUACAAAGAUACCAAUUUUAAUCAGAUAUUCAAAGAUCUCUGUUUUAAAUAUUCACAUACACAUAAAACUUCAACAUCAAUCUUUCUACUAAACAUUUGUUUAGUUUCAUACUUCUACAUAGUUUUAGCUUUAGAUUAUAAUAUGAAUUUAUUAUAAAUUUUCUCUAUACAAAUUUAAUAGAUAAUAAUUUGCAAUUCAAAAGAUAAUCUAUAUAAAUACCAAUAAUUUACUAAAUAAGAUUAUCAAAUUUUAUUUAACUAAAAGAGCUAAAUUUAGUGUGAUCAAAACAUUCACUAAAAAUGAAUUAGCAUUAGAGAAAAAUUAUCAAAUCUUCAAAUAUUUGUAUUAGACAAGUAGUUCAAUACAUUGAAAUAUUAAAGUCGAUGUUAUUGCAUCGAUUUGUACAAAUUAUAGGAAGACCAUAGACAUACCUUCUAUAAGGAUAUAUAUAUAUAUAUAUAUAUAUAUAUAUAUAUAUAUAUAUAUAUAUAUAUAUAUAUAUAUAUAUAUAUAUAUAUAUAUAUGUAUGUGUGUGUGUGAAAAAAAUUGUUUUUGUUUUUCAAUUUAUUUUUUAUAUUUAAUUUUUCGAAAUCCUUAUGUUCUCUACUCCAGAACGUGUCUCUAUGGUUUUCUCUAAUACAUAUUUUAUAUGUCCGAUAAAUAAACAAAGUAAUUUAAAAAUCAAUUCUUUGUCUAAAAGUUAAAUCUGUACACUUAAAUAUUGGUUUAAAAUUGCACUAAUUUAAGUCUUCACUUAAUUGCAAAAAAAAAACAUGUCACAACUUUCAUUGUAAAUACAUCAAAUUACGAUUCAUUAAAGCACCAAUAAUAUGUCUCAAUAAAUCUUGAUGACUGUACGAAACUGUAAUAAUUUUCCAAACAAA